CUUUUCUUUUUGCACACGAAACGCAACAGGCGCCAAACAACAGCACUUUCGAAUUCGUUCAGUAGUAGAGCUUUACUCUUAUGAUUCUUUGCUAGGAUAUAAGCAUCUCCUAGGUCCUAGUCCUUGAUCAUGUCCUUGAUGAGUCAAUUCUAGUUCAUGUUGAAGUUUGGAUAGCACUUGAAAAAGAUAUUGAUCGUGGUGCGAUUCCUUUCUGGUGCUGCGCAAGCCAGGACGAGGAAUUUACUUCAGCACUUGUGAAAACGCCGAAAAACUGCUAGCUAAUCCCUCGCCAUCCACCUCAUUUCACCAUGCCAAGCAAUCGAUCAAACGCCGCGGCCGCGGCGAUGAGCAAGCGGGCACUGAAGAAGCAGGAAAAUGCAGCCCUGAACAGCGCGUCAUUGCUAACGCAAAAACAGUUCUGGUACCAGAAGAACAGUGUUGCGAUCGAUCUGCUGCUUGCUCAGACUUCUCGUCAUGAAUGAGUAUCAUGACCGAAUGAUAGACUGUGCAGAAUUUAAUUCUUUAUUUUUCACCCGCAUCUCCCUCGCUGCACUCCACUGCAAAUAUAUAUCAUAUUCUUCGUGAUUAUCUACAACAGGUAUGGGCUUGGAUUUAUGUUUCUUGUCGGCGGCAUCAGUAUUUUCCAGUUCGGGUUGAUGCUUUCUAACUUGCUGGGCGUGGCAAACGUUGCGAAUGCCGGUGUACAUUACGUAGACGUCGCCAGUGAGGAUGCAAAACUGAAGGAAGCAUUCUUCGGUGGAGAUCCACACGUGCUCUACUGCACGGGUGAGAAGACGGAGCUCGCACCAACACCAAAAGUAGUAGUGGAUCUGGCUCGAAUGAUACAGAAGGACAAAAAAGCUGGAGAUACCAAGGUACUCAUUGUCAUUUAACCAUCGCGCGAGCGCUUUCUUCGUGUGAUAAUGUAGUUUCAGAUUUAGUGCUUGUGCUUAUUCCGCACCACGACUGUCUUUAUGACGGCAUUGAUGAAGUUGCCUCAGAUGGUGCUGCAAGUACGUAAGUACCCAAAAAAAAAGAAACCUUCCGCUCUGCUGUCAUCAUGACACGACAUGCACAUUCACCGGCACCACAACCACUAUAAUCAUUCGACACACGACAAAUAACUUUAUACUGCAGUUCAUCACCGCAAAUUGCUUCAAGCCCAUGAGCUCGGGCAAGACCAUCGCCGAGCGAUUUAGCUUUGGGAAGAACGAAGGUUUUGUGGCGGUAUUUGCGAACGAGGAUCCGCCAGUGCAGCUGAACUACCUGCAGUCCGCAGAAUACGUCGCGAAGCAGAUCAAGCCCAUGCUGAAAACCGGCAUCACCAAAAUCGUGUACAAGAAGGACUGGGACAAAAUCAAAAAGAAGCGCAGCUUCCUGCUGCUCGUAUGAAAUGUAAAAAUGUCUGGGUCUGGAAGGAUCCAAACUUGUCAUGCUAUCUUUGGACUCUAAAAAAAUCUGUAUUGCAUGACCAGGAAGAGGAGCCCAGACUGUGCUACGUGGAGAGGGCAUUUGUAAUGCGGAAUAGGCAUCAGGAAGCCCUCUAAAAAUCUGUGAUGCCUGGUCGUGCAUUACAGACAUUCUGGGACAUGCAGAACAUGCAUGACAAGUCUCAGAAUCUUUCAGACCCAGACAUUUUUGCAUUUGAUAGCUCGGCGGGAAAACCCACCCAAAAUUGAACAACAUGCACGCUGUGUUCAGUCCGGAAGUGAAGAAUUACAGGAAAACCAAGAUCGCUACCGUCGACACUAGCUUCUGGGAGGUAUAAAGAAAAAGAAAUUGAAGAGGACGAGAUGCAUUAUGCCUUGGUCAACAUCAGCAAAAAUGUUGUCUUAGAUCUGGCGGUGUGCUGGUGCUUCGACGUAAAUCCGGCGGUCUGGUGCUUUAUUUGUCUCGCAACAUCUACAUCUUCAUGCGCCAUGAGCGUGACAAAUUUUCACGUAUACAACUUGUCCUUUGAUGUUUUUUAACAGGUGAACCAACUGGACGAAGAGUUCGUGAAGGCGUUGCCGGCGCCGGAGGAAGACAGCGAGUUUGGCACAGCUAUGUGCGUGGUGAAGGAGCCGACAGCGGGCGGCCCAGAGCCCGACGAGGAGGAAGACGAGAAGGCGGAGGAAAAGGCAAAGACGGAGGAAGAGAAGCGAGCCGAGGCAAAGAAAGCCUUCAAGGACGGUAAGGACGGCAAAAAGGAGGAGGAGAAAAAGGACGAGAAGAACAAGAAGGUCAAGAAGUACAGGAUCGCGUAUCUGGACAGCUGGGAAGGUAAAAAGAAAGUUAAUUGUUGGUGUGUGAUCAAUGUUCAAUUCUUCUUUUUGCAAAACAUUGACGGCGGAUUGUGACUUCUUUGAAACCUGUAGGCGCGACUGCGUCCUUUUUGCUUGACGUAGCUGCUAACUACUUAAGUGUGCAGCUGAACAAAAAUAACUCGAUUGACUACAGGCGACGCCCCGCGGCAGUUUUUGGAAAAGUGCGCUGCGGGCGGCGAGGAGAGUUGGAAGGUUGCGAACAAGAGGCCCGAGGUGCGCGUGAUCCCGUCCAAGCCGAAGGUGGUCAAGAGACCCAGCCGCGGCGGCGCGGAGAAGGUGACCGCGAGCGAAGAUGACGGCACGAAGAAGGGCGGCAAGGAACGCAUCGGGCGCCGGGCGGACGACGAAGAAAAGCCGGAAGAAGAGGACGAUUUCGAAGAUUUCAAUCCGGAACAAGGGGAAGGAGAGGGUGAGGGCGAGGAAGGCCUCUUUGGCACCGAGGAGGAGCAGGAUGUGGGAGAGGACGAGGCCGCUGUCGACGUUGAGUUGUAAGUAUAGUUCUCCGAGGAGGGUGAGCCUGCUGUCAUCGAUACAAGAUCAAGAACUUCUUUGAAAGCUGUGGAUGCAACUCUGCUGGUGUAGGACGGUCAAAUUUGUCGGUAAGUGGCUAUCAUUUUUGCGGAAGGGAUUAGUCAACCUUUCGGAACAAGGGUUGUUUCAUCCGGCGAUGCAAAGAGGAUUUAUUGUGGGAGGAGCUGCACGCGCUUUUGGUCGUGUUGCGCAGCAUGGACAAGGAGGUUUCUUAAUGUCGAGUAGAGUAGGUUCAUCGAUUUCAACUGCUUGCUCCAAGAGAAUUUUCUCGUAGUUGUACUACAAGACAAAGAUGGGAGGUACUUUUUAGUACGGUGCAACAGCUCUUGUCUCGCGCGCGUUGCGUUGUGACAUCGAGAAUGACCCUUGGGCCCCCGCGAGUAUGUUGUCAUAUGUAGAAACUGAAAACGAAGCUGAUGCUCCACCCCCCGUGCAGUUACAACAUAUCGACGCACAUCUACCAACAAUCAACAGAACGCGACCUAAGUCACAACUACUGCAG